UGGGGGAUCCGCUAGGGCCCCAGCUCCUUGUCAGAGCAGUUAAGGGACUCCCUCCCUUCCCCUCCCCCGGUCAGCGCCGGGAGCUGAGGGGCAGCGCCACCAAGGAGGCGGAGAAGGGUCCCUUCCUGCCAGUGGGGGACGGGACCACCCUGGAAAGGCUGUGCCUGAGCUCUCCCCACCUUCAGGGUACUGUGGCACGCAGAGACGACGGGUCAUGAAUCAUUGAAUGUUUUUGAGCUGCUGAAUGAAAUGAUGGAAGUGGUACUUUUACUAAUAUUAAAAAUAAACUAUCUUUUCCCUUUUAUUCGGAAUAAUACAGUAGUGGAGUGAGCAAAGUGAAUCAAAGUGGAGAGAUUGGAAACAAAGAAACCUGGAUACUGUUGCACUAAGUCAUAUGAGGUUACAGAAGCCUGUCUAGCAUGGAGGCAGCCGGAAUAUAAAGGAAGAGACCAAUUUGAAAGACGGUUGUCGUGUGGAAAUGAAGGUUUAAGGACAAGUUAUCUACCAGAUUAGAAGAUGGGGUCGAACAGCAGCAGAAUCAGUGAUCUUCCUAAAAAUGAGUACUUAAAAAAGUUGUCAGGCACAGAAUCUGUUUCAGAGAAUGACCCGUUCUGGAAUCAGCUUCUCUCGUUUUCCUUCUCUGCACCAACCAGCAGUACUGAGUUGAAGCUCUUGGAAGAGGCAACUAUUUCAGUCUGCAGGUCUUUAGUUGAAAACAAUCCUCGAACAGGAAACCUUGGUGCGUUAAUUAAGGUCUUCCUUUCUAGAACCAAAGAACUAAAACUUUCAGCAGAAUGUCAGAACCACAUCUUCAUUUGGCAGACACACAAUGCUUUGUUUAUUAUUUGCUGUUUGCUGAAAGUGUUCAUUUGUGAGAUGUCGGAGGAGGAAUUACAACUUCAUUUUACUUAUGAAGAAAAAUCAUUUGGCAGUUACAGUUCUGACUCAGAAGAUCUUUUGGAAGAAUUAGUCUGCUGUUUGAUGCAGUUAAUCACUGAUAUUCCACUCUUAGAUAUUACGUAUGAAAUAUCAGUAGAAGCUAUAUCGACAAUGGUUGUUUUUCUUUCCUGCCAACUUUUCCACAAAGAAGUUUUGCGACAGAGCAUCAGUCACAAGUAUUUGAUGCGAGGUCGAUGUCUUCCAUACACCAGCAAACUUGUGAAAACCUUAUUGUAUAACUUUAUCAGACAAGAAAAGCCACCUCCUCCAGGAGCGCGUGUUUUCCCUCAGCCAUCAGAUGGAGGAGGACUACUCUAUGGACUUGCAUCAGGAGUAGCAACUGGACUCUGGACUGUCUUCACACUGGGAGGUGUGGGCAGCAAAGCGGCUGCUGCUCCAGAACUGUCUUCCCCUCUGGCCAACCAGAGUCUCCUGCUCCUCCUGGUACUGGCCAACCUGACAGAUGCUACAGAUGCACCAAAUCCCUACAGACAGGCCAUCAUGUCCUUUAAGAAUACACAAGAUAACAGCCCUUUCCCCUCAUCAAUUCCACAUGCUUUCCAGAUUAAUUUUAACAGUUUGUACACGGCUCUCUGUGAACAGCAGACAUCUGAUCAAGCCACUCUCCUCUUGUAUACAUUGCUCCAUCAGAAUAGUAAUAUUAGAACAUACAUGUUGGCUCGCACAGAUAUGGAAAAUCUUGUUUUACCAAUUCUAGAGAUUCUGUAUCAUGUUGAAGAAAGAAACUCACACCAUGUGUACAUGGCCCUUAUAAUAUUGUUGAUCCUUACAGAAGAUGAUGGCUUCAAUAGAUCCAUUCACGAAGUGAUAUUAAAAAAUAUUACUUGGUAUUCCGAACGGGUUUUAACUGAAAUUUCACUGGGAAGUCUCCUGAUACUGGUUGUAAUAAGAACCAUUCAAUACAACAUGACAAGGACAAGAGACAAGUACCUUCACACAAAUUGUUUGGCAGCUUUGGCAAAUAUGUCGGCACAGUUUCGUUCUCUCCAUCAGUAUGCUGCCCAGAGGAUCAUCAGUUUGUUUUCCUUGCUGUCUAAAAAACACAACAAAGUUCUGGAACAAGCCACACAGUCCUUGAGAGGUUCGCUGAGUUCCAAUGAUGUUCCUCUACCAGAUUAUGCACAAGACCUAAAUGUCAUCGAAGAAGUGAUUCGAAUGAUGUUAGAGAUCAUCAAUUCCUGCCUGACAAAUUCUCUUCACCACAAUCCAAACUUGGUGUAUGCACUGCUGUACAAACGGGAUCUCUUUGAACAGUUUCAAACUCAUCCUUCAUUUCAGGAUAUAAUGCAAAAUAUUGACCUGGUGAUCACCUUCUUUAGCUCAAGGUUGCUACAAGCUGGAGCUGAGCUCUCAGUGGAACGGGUCCUGGAAAUCAUCAAGCAAGGAGUUGUUGCAUUGCCCAAAGACAGGCUGAAGAAAUUUCCAGAAUUGAAAUUCAAAUACGUGGAAGAGGAGCAGCCCGAGGAGUUUUUUAUCCCCUAUGUCUGGUCCCUGGUCUACAACUCGGCUGCAGGCCUGUACUGGAACCCACAGGACAUCCAGCUGUUCACGAUGGAUUCGGACUGAGGGUGGGCUCCACCUCCCACCCCGACCCCCUCCAGCCAAGCAGCCCUCUAGUUAUUUCCUCUCUGGGGAACAGACUUAGACGGAUCGCCUGGUGUAUCUUCAACUAGAGAGGAUCACGCAGGCUCGUUUCCCUUGCACACUUGGAUUGGGAGAAUCGGUGCCCGUUGGCAGUAAAUCAUUCAGCUUAGAUUGUAGUGCAGAAAGUGGGGGGAGGGCAUACACAACAAUAAUAAACACAAAAACCUGCUAUUCCACAUGCAGUUUUAUUUAUUUCUAAACCAAAAUCUAGAGCUUUCUGGGAACCUGAUGCCUAGGGCCUAUAACACUUCACCAGUACAUACUUUUUUUUUUUUGGCAUGUUUAAGAUUUUGUGUGUGUGUUUCCACAUUAAGAACUAUCAGUCUGAAAAGAUGACGAGGCAGGAAUUAAUAAGGAAGUCACGUGUAUGGUGCGGCUGCUUUGCAGCAGGCACAGGGUUUAAUAAACACUGUGCCCGGGCGGUUGGCUAUAAGCCUUUAGCUCCUCUGCCACUUUUCCUCAAAGAAAGAAGUGUCUCCUUCUCACGAAGCCCAGAUUAGCUUUUCUCUGAGCUGUAGCUGAAUUAAAUCGGAGUCUAAUACAAAUUAAGUUAAUCUUCUCUGUAUUAUCGGGAAAAGAAAAUUUUCAUUUCAAAAGCAAUCUUUUUUUUUUCAACCAGACUAAUAGGAGAAAAAGGAGACCAAUUUGAUUAAUACAGUAUCCUACAUGAAAUGCAAAA